UCGCUGCUUUAAUGUCCGCCAUGUUUGCCGUGGCGCAUGUCGCGGACCGACGGCCAAAUUUCGGUUUCUCCGGCUCCGCUCGGUCGGCAUGAGGGGCAUUUUGUGUCGCGACCGACCGAUCCCGCGGACGGACUCCUUAACUCGCAUCCAUGAGCGGCUCCGGGCGCCCGGCCGCCGAUUUAAGACUGCUUUUGAAGCGCCAUCUUUGUGCCAGUGAGGUCCGCUUUUUUUUUGUGUAUGUGUGUGUAACCUCGCAGCGAUAAACCCGGGGAGGGAUAUCGCCUUCUUUUUCCUCCCCCCCUCCCCUCCCUCCCCCUCCCACCCUCCCUUCCCUCUUUCCCCCCUCCCCUCCCCUCGCACAACAACAACAACACCACCACCAACAAUGAGUAAACUCUCCUUCCGAGCGCGGGCCUUGGACGCCGCCAAGCCGCUGCCCAUUUACCGGGCGAAGGAUCUGCCGGACCUCCAGGACUGCGUGUCCAUCAACAGGGCCGUGCCGCAGAUGCCCACCGGGAUGGAAAAAGAAGAGGAGUCGGAACAUCAUUUGCAGAGAGCAAUUUCAGCCCAGCAGGUCUUCAGAGAAAAAAGGGAGAAUAUGGUUAUUCCAGUGCCUGAGGCAGAGAGUAAUGUUUCUUACUAUGAUCGUCUAUACAGGGGAGAAUUCAAGGUUCCUAAACAACUCAUUCAUAUUCAACCUAUUAAUUUAGAUAGUGAACAGCCUGAUUAUGACAUGGAUUCUGAAGAUGAAAUCUUAUUCAAUCGUCUAAAUAGAAAGGUGGAAAUUAAACCAUUGCAGUUCGAAGAAAUGUUUGACCGAUUAGAAAAGGCUAGUGGAAAUCAGCUUGUAUCUAUUCAAGAGGCCAAACUGCUUUUGAAAGAAGAUGACUACCUGAUAAAAGCAGUCCACGAUUACUGGGCAAGGAAACGCAAAAACUGUAGGGCACCCUCCCUCAUACCCUUGGUCAAACAGGAGAAAAGAGAUGGUUCUACUAACAACGAUCCAUAUGUUGCUUUUCGAAGGAGAACUGAGAAGAUGCAGACUAGAAAGAAUCGGAAAAACGAUGAAGCUUCAUAUGAGAAAAUGUUGAAGCUGCGUAGAGAAUUUAGUCGAGCAGUUACCAUCCUAGAAAUGAUUAAGAGGCGGGAAAAAACCAAAAGGGAUUUGCUUCAUCUUACAUUAGGUGUGGUCGAGAAAAGGUACCACAUGGGCGACUUUGGUGGUGAAGUUAUGUGUGAGCUGAGGACUCAAAGACAAGAAAAGGCAGUCUCCAACACUCCAGUAUCUCUUCACAAUGGCAAUCAUUACAAAGCACCAGAAAACAAAACUGUUAAGCAGCAGACUCCACACCUGAUAUCACUUAAAGAGGAGGUGACUGAUGUUGUUCGAGUAAAGAAGAAAUAUGUGAAGAAGAAACAUAAAACUUCAGAGUGUAUUGUUUUGCACCCUCAGCCUAGCACAGAAUCGCAACCACCCUUGAGGGAUAUUAAGCAGUAUGACUUCCUCAGUUCUGAUGAAGAAUCUUACACACAGGUUCCUUCUCCAAUAUCAGAACCUGAGGAAGACAGUGACCCUGAUGGGCUCUUUGCUUUCAAAAGGAAAGCUGGUUGCCAGUACUACGCUCCUAAUGUGGAUCAGAUGAGUUCCUGUCCAUGGCAGACUACAGAACCAGCUGGGUUAAGUGAUUCACGUUAUAGAUAUUGCUUGACCACACUCACUGUUCCGAGAAGGUGCAUAGGUUUAGCACGAAGACGAGUAGGACGUGGGGGAAGGUAUUUGCUAGAUCGCGCAUCCACAGACCAUGAUCACAUUUUACGGCAAAUUGACCCAGAAAUGCUGUCAUCUCCCAGCUCCCCAGCUGCUUUUUCAUCUGACGACUCAUGGACCAUUUCUUCCAAUAAAGACUUUACAAAUAGACUGUCACUUAGUGAAAUACUAAGCAAUAUUAAAGCUUGCCGAUUACGGCACUUCCAGCCUCGGAUAACCCAGCUUCAGGACAGUGAUAAUCGCUGUACUUCCAAAAAAUUAGGACAGAAUGUGAAUAAAAGAAGAAUUCCAAUGUCUUCUAUUUUAUCAUCAAGUACCAUGAUCACCAGCAGGAAUAGGAUAUCUGGUGGCAUAACGGAAGAGCAGUACCACACCCAUCAACAACAGCUUGUUCAGAUGCAAAGGCAGCAGUUAGCACAGAUGCAACGACAACAUUCCUCAAACGUCUCGCAAGGAAGUUCACAGGGAUCCAGGAUAUCUGACAGCUCUUCGAAAACGCUAGAUUCAGCUAGUGCGCACUUUGCAGCGUCAGCUGUUGUCAGUGCUCCUGGACCAAGUCAGGCAGAGGUUUCCAAGGAUGCUGCAGGUCAGACUACAAACGUCAAUGGUGUUGUCCAAUCUGCAGGUACCUAUAGAAAUCUUCAACCUUCGAAUGUUACUUCAUCCUCCAGCCCAGGAUUAUCUACUGUACAACUUAUAAGAACUGUCAAUCGCACCUCAGCAAAUCAUGUGUUCCCUGCAUUACGCACAAGCAGUCCCCAGUCAUUUCCUGUGAACAAUUCCUGUAUAGGUACAGCUGUGCGUCUGAACAGUAUGAAUGUGGUUACUCCUGUCAAUGUGCAUCUCACUGCAAGGACUUCAGCACCUUCUCCUUCUGCCUUAAAGCUGGCCACAGCUGCUACUAGCCUUGACAGGGUGCCAAAGGUGACCCCCAGUAGUGCCAUCAGUAGCUUGGCUAGGGAGAGCAGUGAACCAGAGAGAUUAUUGAACGGUAUUGCAGACAAGACGGUUGCUAUGGAGGUGACAUAAUGACGUCCAAAGCACUUCAUCCAAGAUGUACAGUGAUGGAAAUCUUUUAUUCCAGACUGAAUUGGAAUAAGGCAUCCAAUGGAUUGCAGUUGCUAAAUGUGGACCUGAAUGGUGUCAUAUCAUAAUUGUAAAAUAAAAUUGUCAAUAUAUAAAUGUAAAUUUUGUAAAGUUCAGGUGAUCACUACCUUGUAUAAUAGUUUAUUUGUAUCAUCUUAUGUAUUUCUGUUACUUGAAUACUAGAUAUUCAUCAUGCUUUGCACUUGAAAUUACAACAGAAUGAAUAUGACACAAAUCUAUGGGAUCAUGAGCAUGAAAUUGGGAUCCUUUUGUCACUUGUUUUAACUAUUUAUUUUGCCAUGUUUACAUUUUGUAACUUGUACAAAUCAACUUUGUGCUUAAAAAAAAAUUUAAAGAUAUUUAGGUAGGCCAUGUAAAUCCUUGUCAUUUUUUGUACAUUGUAAAGUUUUCACUCAAUUUUUUUUCUCUCAAAUUGAAUAGAUGGAUGUUUGGUAAAUAUUAAGUGACAUUUCUUUAUCAGACAUUUAAGUCAAGACAAAAAUAGUAUUUUCUAUUGUUUUGGAGGGCGAGGGUAGUGAAACAGAAUUGAAGAUGAUCAACUUCCAUUUUGCUCCUUUCCCUGUGGCUGCAAGGCAAGUAACAGGUUAGAAAGACUGUCUGACUUUUAUGUUUGGACUAUAGUGUUUUUAUGAGUUUAUACAAUUACUAUUACAUAGGCCUUUUCAACAGUAUUAGUAUUGGAAUGUUAGUGUCAGCACUACAUCAGACAACUUCCUUGUUACUUGAUCUUGUUAAGUGAAAAAAAAUGCAGGGAAAUUAAACAUACAUAUCAGAA